CUACUCCUUUUAUUGGCGCAAGAAGGAUAGUUUUUCAAAAUUUGUACAAAUAUGAAAGGGAAGACUUCGGUGUCCCGUAAAAUAUUCUGAAGCACUGUACAUAAAAUAAACACCAUUCUUUGAUCUGUAUUUUUCUAUAAUACGAACAGGGUAUAGAGGUCACAAAAUUUUUAUAUGACACGAAAAUGGAGUGUCAGCCUACAACCGACAGCUGACGUCCAAAUUUUAAUGGGCUUUGAAAAAGUUUUGCUUUAAAUCAGUGCCCAUUUUCUUUACAAACAAAUAUGGCUGUCCGUACACAGUCCUCACACAGAGUAGUAAGAAGACUCAAGCCCUGGUCAUUUAUUUCACUUUAAGCAGAGACUCCAGGAGGUCAAUAGUUAGAAUCGCGGGAAGGCUCAAUAUGAGUUUAGAUUGUUCUACUUCAGAUCCUUCAAUGCAGGUAGGCUUUGGAAGAGAGGAAUGUAAGAAGUAUGGUAGAAGAGGAUGGGAUGAAGGAGGUCCAAUGGAGGCCAUUGAAGAAGAUGAGGGGAUAACCAACAAGAAGAAACGGGCAGAAAAUUGGCAGGAUACUGAAGUAGAUGGGCUGGUCACUGCAUACCAGCAAAUUCACAAGAAACUGGCCUUGGCAGGUAGAAAGGGUAAACACAUCUUCAGAUCUGCACAAGAAAAAUGGACUGAGAUGUAUCAACUUUUGCUUUCCAUGGGCAUUGAGAGACAACCAAAGGAAAUUGAGAGGAAAUGGUCCAAUUUGAUCACGGGCUACAAGCAGAUAGCAGACUGGAACAGAAAACAUGGACAUAUGAGCUACUGGGAAAUGGAUGAACAUCUUAAAAAGGAAAAGACAAAGGUCAAGGAGCUUCCAGCAGCCUUUAGAGUUAGGGUUUAUGAUGCAAUUUCUGAAUUUCAUGGCGACUCUUAUAAUGCCAAGCCCCAGUUUCAAGUCUUGGAUUUGACAGCUCAUGUUGACCUUCCAUCUUCUACCUUGUUCCCUUCUAUCGGAAAAAGGAGCGCUGAGGACCUGGGAAGCAAGGAGGAGCAGGACGACACUAGUAGAUUUAUGGAUCAGCCAACAAGCGCCAGUCAUUCAGGCUAAGCAGACCUUCCCUCAGAAGAUUAUUUCAGUUUUAUCAAGAGUGGAGAAUGCUAUCAGUGCAUCUGAAUACUGCGCAGAAGGCAACUUCUGUCGAGAGGCUAUUCUGUAAAAUAUUUGAUUCAUGAUAGUGUCAUCAGAUAUAUCAGUAUGAAUAAUCUUUAUGGAGUUGAGGGUGCAACAAUAUAGGUUUGACGGUGAUAAGCACUGUAGCAGACAGAUUCUAUGAGGUCAUGAAUAUUAAUACUGAUUUCAUAUUGAAAGAUAAUCGUCUGGACUGGAAAACCAAAUUUGUUUAAACUUGUAGAAAAAAAGUGAGUGUAUAAUAGUUCUCUUCUUUCUUCUUAUAGUGCGUGCCUAUUGCUGGAAGGAUGGCUUGCAUCCUGACACAAAUUUUCUCAAGUUUAUGAAAAAUUGAUGCAAAUGUCUGCCCACAAAAAUCAUAAGGCUAUAUGAGACACAUAUAUGAGCUUAUUAUAAAAGAAAUUCAUCUGUUUUAA